GUCUCCCUCCCCAAAACAACCAAUCAGCUUUCAGGAUUCAGCCAAUCCUGAAAAAAACAAAAAAAAACCCCUCCCUUUUCGGAUUAGAAAUGCUUGAUUAAAGAGUAGAAGUAAAAAGUGUGGAUGUAGACAAGCCAUGUCGCAGCAACGGGUCCUACCCCAAAGUAAAGAAACUCUACUCCAGUCCUACAACAAGCGGCUGAAAGAUGAUGUCAAAUCCAUCAUGGACAACUUUACAGAAAUCAUCAAGUCUGCAAAGAUUGAAGAGGAAACCCAAGUAUCCCGCGCGACUCAAAGCGAACAAGAUAACUAUGAGAUGCACGUCAGAGCGGCAAAUAUUGUCCGAGCUGGCGAGUCCCUUAUGAGGCUGGUAUCUGACCUCAAGCAAUUCUUAAUCCUUAAUGACUUCCCUUCAGUCAACGAAGCCAUCAACCAACGCAAUCAGCAAUUGCGGGCUCUGCAGGAGGAAUGCGACAAGAAACUGAUCGCGCUGCGGGACGAAAUCUCCGUCGAUCUCUACGAACUGGAAGAGGAGUAUUACUCUUCCAGGUACAAAUAAAUCCACGGAGAAAUCUUGGGAUAACCAGACAUUGGCCUCUUUUCUUUUUUUUGACUUUGGAGACAGAGGUGGCGUUCUGAAACUUUUUAAAACACUGAUUUAUUUAUUUUUAAACCUGUGCUUUUAAUAUUUCCCGGUUGGUUCUGGCCGUCUCCCACAAAACAUCAAGCCACUCUGAUUUCCUUGUUUGCAAUUCCAUGCAACUUCUAAGAAGGGAAAUGCUGCACGACAAUCUUGCAGUUUUGGGAUUGAAAUGGGUGUGGGGGUUUUUGUCCCCCUCUGUUGGAAUUUUAUUUAAGAGUUCGGCGACAUUCUUAGUUUUUUUCGUAUAUCUUUAAUAAUAUAUGCAAAUCCCCUAAUGAUUGCUGCAGCUUUAUUAUAAAUAAAACUGUGGUAG